AUGAGAAACUACAGUACACCUUUAGUUAGCCCUUGGCGUCGUGUAUUAGAAUCAAAUGCGCUUGGUAAAAUUGAUCGUAUUAUAUGGUUUGAAAAUGAAGCAUUAGUUGUCAGUGGAAAUGGUCGACGAGUUCGAACAAUACGUUACACAGAAGGUUUAGAAUUGUGGGAAUUAGCACCACCAGUUAUACAUGAACCAAAACAUAGUCAUAUUAUUAAAAAUCAUCGUGAUUCUGGAACAAUUCAUAUUCUAAGUGACGAUUUAUUAUGGAGUGUAUCAUCUUACGGAGAAAUGUUAUGGUCGGUAGAGUUACCAUCAAAAUCAACUUUAAAAAAUUUAUUUCUAUUAUCGACUUCUCAGUUUGUAGUUGUCAUUAGUUUGGAUUCAAAUAUAAAUCAGUUGAUAUUCACAUAUCAUGAAAAAGUACACGGAACAAAAACAUCGUCAAAAUCAAUACGAUGGUCAUUGGAUUUGAACGAAACAAAAAAAUCAUGUACAACUGCUAAUGAUAUAUUUCUGUGUUCAAUCAAAAAUCAUUUAUCAAUUUAUAAUAGUCCUGCAUCUAAUUCUAUACAGUCGACUACAGAUGAUAUUGUACCCGAGCAAUUGACAUUUUCUGAUUCAAUUGAAAAUUAUAAAGUUAUCUAUGAAACAAAUACAAAUAUUCUCGUAUUGGUUACUCUAAUAAAUAACGAUAAAGUCUUGUACAAAUUUUUUCGACAACAACAGGCAACAUCGUCGGAUAAUAGUAAUUGGGAGUAUAUUCAAUUAGAAAUAUUUACAAAGUAUCCAAAUUCAGUAUAUAGUGUUGCAAUGGAAAAAGGAAAUUUGAUACUCAUUCAAGCAUAUGCAACAGAGCAGAAAUUAAAUUUUCAAAAAUACACAGUUAAUGAACGUUCAAUAGUUCUUUCUCGUACAUAUGCUGUUGAACUACCUGAGCUGAUGGGUGAUAUUGAAUAUUUACAAUAUCAUUCAAACAACAGUCCAUUAGCAACAUUGAGAAUGAAUGAUGGCUCAUUAGUCGUAAUCAAAUUCGGUGAACAUGGUGCUGAACUUAUUUUACAUCGUGAUGAAUCAUUAUCAGCAAUUGUAUCUGCUGAGGCAUUUGAUUUAUCAUUAUCAAUUGGUCAAAUGCGUAUUGAAGAAGAAUUUGGUGGCACUGGAAUGUUGAGCAUGUUUAUUAGACGAAUAACAACACAAACAUCACAGUUAAUUAGUUUUGUAUUAAAAAUUGUCGAUUUUAUUAUACAUCGACAUAAAAAUCAAGAUUUUAUGGAAAAACAAGCAGCACUUGUUCGAGAUGAAUUUAAUCUAAAUAAAAUACUGGUCGUCGUAACCUCAGUCGGAAAAGUAUUUGGUAUUUUAACUCAAAGUGGAAAUAUUUUAUGGAAACAAUUUUACAACGAUUUCACACCAUUUGAUAAUUUUAAUCAACCAAGUGUACCAUUGUUUAAUAUAAGAACAGCAGCACAUUACACACAUCAACCAUUAGCAUCAAUUUAUUCUCAAAAUACUCAGAUAAAAACAUUUAAUCCCUAUACAGGUGAUAAUGUCGCUAAUCUUUGUACAACAUUACCAUAUCAAAUUCGUCGAGUUUUUGUAUCAUCACAAAUCGAUGAAGAAUUUAAAAAAGUCCUUCUGUUAAUUGACAAAAAAAAUAAAGUUCACACAUUUCCGAGUGUUCCAUUGAUACGUGCGUUAGGAACAACAACACCAACGUACAUUUAUUUAUUUGACAAAACCGAACAAGCAUUCAAUGGUUAUCAUUUGACGGUGAAUGACAAUGAACAAACGUCGACUGAUUUACAAGAAGUGUGGCGUGUAGUAUUUAAAAAUGAAGAUGUUGUUAAUAUUCAUACACGUUUAAGUACAGAUCGGGUUCAUUCAAAUGGAAUUGUAUUAGGUGAUAGAAGUGUUUUAUACAAAUAUGUUAAUCCGAAUCUGAUUGCUGUUGUUACAGAAGGUGUUGACUAUCAAAAAGUUCCAUUUGUCAACUUAUAUUUAGUUGAUACCGUCACAGGGUCAAUAAAAUUAGCUCGUACACAUAAAAAGGUGAAACCGCCUGUACAUGUGAUAUUGGCAGAAAACUGGCUUCUAUAUACCUAUUACAAUCAGCGAUAUAGACGUUAUGAAGCUGUUAGUGCAGCGUUAUUCGAAGGUUAUACCCAAUAUAAUUUUUCAUCAUUUUCAUCAUUUGAUCCAAUAGUACCCAUGACAGAAACUAAAGCCUAUAUUUUACCAUACGGUGUGACAGCCAUCCAAGUGACAACAACCGAAAAAGGAAUAACUGCAAAAGAUAUAAUAAUGGCAACUCCAAAUGGAAUGCUUAUAGAAAUACCGUGGAUGUUUAUUGAUCCCCGACGACCACUUGAUAUGACACAAAUGGACAGAGAGGAAGGCUUGAUUAUGUACACACCUGAACUGAUGAUCAAUUAUGAAUAUGUGAUUAAUUAUUAUCAGUUUGUUUAUAAUAUUCGAUCGAUCCAUACAAUGGCUACAGGACUUGAAUCAACAUCGGCUGUAUUUGCUUAUGGUUUAGAUCUAUUUUAUACUCGUGUAUUUCCAUCUCGUUUAUUUGAUCAACUUAAAGAUGAUUUUGAUUUUAUGUUCAUCGGAUGGGCAACCAUAGCAUUUGUUGUUGGUUCCUAUUUUGCAAGACGUUUUGCAUCCAAUUAUACAACUAAAAAAGCAUGGAAAUAA